AUGACCACCCUAACCACUCCCACGCUCCCCAAAGCCAGCUACGUCCUAUUCAAGCCCCUCGACGCCAACCUCUUCCUCGCGCGGCGCACAACCGACGGCGAGAUCCUGCUCGCGCGGCCCCUCGAUCCGCACGCCAACACCACCACCAGCAGCAGCAGCCCCAUCGCCGAGCGAACCCGCCACCACCACCACCGCGAGCAUGCGCGCCUAACAUCCCUCCUGGCCAGCGGGGCCGCCGCGCCAGCCGCCAACCUGCUCAACCACGAAAACAUUGUCUCCAUCCACGACGAGCUGGUCGACGUGCCGCUGCACCUGCGCGGACAGGGCGACGCCGGGUCCCUCAGCGACCCGCUGGGCGACGGCAGCGCGCGGCGCAUGUUUCUGUGGGAUUUCCCCAACGCGGGCACGCUGCGGGACGUGUUGGAGGAUUUUGCGCCGCGCGGGGCCGGGGCCAAGGCGGUGGAUUUUAUGGAGGUGGGCGGGUUCUUGCCCGAGUCGUUUGUGUGGCAUGUUGGGCUGGGGUUGUUGCGGGCGCUGCAGUGGCUGCAUGAGGGGGUGAGGGAUACGUACGCGGUCGUACCGCAUGAGGGGAGCGUGAGGGGGUUUAAGAGGUUGAGGGGGAAGACGGAGGCGGAGGCGGAUUGGAUGCCGGUGCUGCAUCGCGGGUUGAAGGCGGAGAAUGUGUUUCUGCAGCUUCCGAAGGGGUUUGAGACGUAUGGGGCGGUGAAGCUGGGGAGCUUUGAGAAGUGUUAUAUCUCGGGGAGCGUGGCUAAGAUGAAGGAGACGCCGGUGGUUGCGAUGGAGACGGAGGAUGGGGUGUCGUUGGGGACGCUGAGGGAGAGGAAGGGGAGGUGGAUGAGGGAUGGGUUGGAUGUCGCUAGGGACGAACGUCCAUACACUCGAGGUAGUGAGCUGUUUGCAGUCGGGGCGAUGCUUUAUCGCAUGAUGUGCGGGCGGGAGCUGCCACCAACUGAGGAAUGCCCGCGCUGCGACUGCGUCCACCUCACCAGCAGCGAUUCCCGCGCGUACAUCCCCUGUCCGCAUGACUGUGUAGGGGAUGUCAACAUCAACACGGUGCUUGACCCGCUGUUCAACUACACAACCGGCCUCAAGAACCUCGUCACCUUGCUGCUGCGACUCAACCGUAACGACGAGUGGGCGGCGAGUGAUGUGUUGAAUACAUCCUGGCCUGGCUUUGAGUACUGGGCGGCAAACACAGAAGACGGGAAAUUGUAUAGGGACAUUUUUGAUGACAUUUGGCUGCGCAAGCAGAACCAGUCGAGGUUAAAGAAGCGGCGUCGAGUGGAGGAAGAGGAAGAGGAGGAAGAAGAAUUCGACGGAAUGGACUUGGAUGACAAUGUUUUGCUUUUCCAAAAUACCCAGAUACCUGAUCCUGUUCCUUGCAGAAUACUACCGCCGCCGCCUCCUCUACUUCUCACCAAGAGGGUCACGUCCUUCCUACGAGCCAACCUCUCGCCGCACAUCCACUCGGCCAUGCUGACUACCCCGGCCGGCAGCUUGCUUGCUCACGCUAGUAACCUCCCGGCGAGCGCCCUCCGUCGUCAGGCCGCCGUCGCCGCCUCGCUCUGGGCCCUCCAGGGACCAUCACACACAGGCCAACCGUCGGAACAAGCGACCUCCUCGAUUGCCCCCGGCAGCACCGUCCGAACCCGUAAGAGCGGCAAGCACUCGCCGCCGACCGUCACCGUACAACUCGACAGCGGCGCGGUUUUUGUCAUCCGCCGCCUACGCUGCGGGAUGCUCUUCAUCUGCAUGGGCGGCGCGGAGAGCGCCGCGUCCGACCGACCCACGCCGACCCCUCCCGCUCCGCACAUCACCCGGCUUAGCCGCAGCCCGGCCCCAAUAGCAUCGGCGACAGAACCGCCGACACAAAACCAACAACCCCCAGACGGGGCAGCCACCGCCGAUCCAUCCACCACCACAGCCAAAUCACGCCCAUCAACCCCCCCACAACCAUCCGCACCACCCCCGACAACAUCAACAACAACGACCCCUCCCCCACCCACCACCACCACCACCACCACAACCCUCACCACCCCAACAACCACAACAACAACAGCAGCAGGAGGAGGAGGAGGCGGAGCAGGAAGCACCACACCCCUCCCCGGCUCGCCCUCGCAGGCGUCCAUCCUGUCCACGCAGACGGCGCACACGACCGGCGGCGCGUCGACGGCCAGCACCGCGACCGUGUCAGGCGGCGGGGCCAGCGCGUCGCUGAUGCGUCGGCAGGUGGAGGAGCUGGCGCGGUGGUUGGAUGAGCGGCUGGGGGGGUUGUGCGUGCCGGAGGAGGGGAUUGGGAUGGGCAUUGGUGGGAGUGGGGGUGUGGGUGUGGGUGCGGGUACGGAUGGGUUGGAGGUGAGAUGA